AAUCGCUUCAAUUGUACUAGCUCGCUUGUGAACCGAGCACUGUCAUUUGUUAUUUGAAAGUUGGCUGAAAUGGAGAAAAAUAUGAAAAAAGGAGAUCGCUCACAGGCCACUUCAAAUAAAAAUGUGGUGGACGAAAAUGAAGACCAAGAAUAUGAUGAGAAUGAGGAAUGUGACCUAGAUACGGAGAGGGACUUCUCCUUUGGCACUGAAGACGAAUUCGAAGAGGAUUUCUUUGAGCCACCCUUGUCCGCCGCACCCAGCACGCCUAUUUCCAUGCACAAGUAUCCAAUGAAGCUGAAGCACACUGAAUCUGGUCAAGAUAUACCCAUGCGCAAAUAUCCUUUCAAGUUGAAGCAAACUGAAUCUGGAAAUAUCCUCACUGUGCAUCAUACAAUCAAAAAUGUGGAGCAGCAGCUUCGCAUUCGCAUUGGCGCCUGCUGCUUCAAUGAGAUGAGCAACAAACUGGUUGUCAUUGACAGGCGCGGCAACAUCUACAUAUUUGACUUUGUGAGUAAACGCUAUUGGCGUCUCAGUGUGCGCGUGCCGCAGGUAAAGCUGGUGCAUGCAUCGCCACUGCAUCACAACGAGUACAUUGUGGGCAACGAACUGGGUCAUGUCUUUCUUUUGGAUGUGGAGAAGUCGCUACUAAACAGGAGCAACGAGGUGGGCAAUGCGUCUAUUGAUCAAAUCUCCUGGGGAAAUCGGCUACAAAGCACCAGUGCAUCCAAUACGCUAGUGCGCUUCGGUCCCGCCGCUGUGCUGCUCAAUCUGCGAACGCUGCAAGUGUCGCAUCAGUUGGAAUUUAAUCAGUCGCGGUACACGCUUAAGUUUGCCGGCUAUAUGCCCAACUCGGAUCAGUUUUUCACUUGCUUCACCAAUGACUCCAUUCAUGUCUGGUCCACGCACACAUUGGAAACCGUGCUAAUUGCGCAGCCCAUUAAGGCGCGAGAUCGUAAAUUGCGUCUGCUGCGACCAGAUAAAUCGAUUCCUGAGAUUGUAUUGCGUGGCAAAGACGAUGAGGACAGCACUUUUGAGGAUGACCUCACAUUCGACUGUCAGGAACAGCAUUUUGCCGAUGGCAAGCUGCUUAACUACAGCUUUUCACCCAAUGGCAACAAGCUGUGCUUCAGCACAUUGGAUGGUUAUUUGCUGCUGUUGAGCACUGCAUCCCUUGAGCUAGAUAAAUUGUAUCGACUGAGCGACUUUAUCAUAAAACAAAUGGUGCUGCUGCCGCAGCCCAAGGACCGAAUACUCUUCGCCAUCACUGCACGCGGCAUGGCCAUCAUGCUGGAUCUGGAGCAAACGGAUCACAAGCUAAUCGUACAGCGCUCAAAUGCGGUCAGCGUUAGCGUCAGCCGUGAUGGCAAACUGCUCAGCGUUCUGUCCAAGAGUGGUGAGGUUAAUGUGUGGUCCACUUGUCGACUAUACAACUCUCUACAGGUACAGACUCAGUGCAUCACACAGCUGCGUGCGGUGCUAAAGCAGCCAAAGUUGCCUUACCAUUUCAGCGGCUCUAUGAAUUGCGAACUGCGGCAACUGCUGAAACGCGAUCGCUUGCGGGCAAUUUUGGGCGAGUAUGGCUGCUAUCCGGAAAAGUAUCGUUUUAUUAUAUGGAGCUCGCUGCUGGAGCUGCCCUCCAAUGGCGCACAGUAUCAAGCAUUGCUCAAACUCGGCCAGCCCGCAAUUGUGAGGCAGAAGGCGCGUGCUCUGAAAAUCAAAAGCGAUGCCCAGCGACGCGCUGUGAUAAAGGUGUGGAGCUGCUUGGCGCAUUGGUGCAAGGUUUUUGGCUAUGUGGACUUUAUGCCGCAUCUGGUGUUCCCCUUUAUCAAGCAAAUGCCCAAGAACGGACUAGUUGUCUUCGAGCUGGUCGUAACGCUGCUGCUUAACCAUUUGCAACUUGGCUUUGAGUUUCAUCCAAUGCCGCCUGACAAUUACCUGGCCAUGUGUGAGAAUCUUCUGCAGUUGCAGGACGAGCAACUAUCCAAGUUCUAUCAGACACUGGAUGUGAAGCCAAAGGACUAUGCUUGGUCGCUGCUCACCAAUGGCUUUGCCGAGGUGCUCGAGGAGCACCAAUGGCUGGUCCUUUGGGACAAUAUUGUUACAGAGCAGCCAUAUUUCGUUGUAUUUGUUGUCGUUGCCUAUAAUCUGUUGCAUCGAGAGGUUAUCCUGCGUCUGCCAGACAAGGAGGCUGUGCUCUGGUUCUUUCACGAACAGAAUCCCACCGAUGUGGCUAAGUGGAUGCUGCGAUCGCGCAAACUGAUGAGCAAAUGCGAUCCGAAUGUUCAUGCUCAGCGCUUCAUCCCACCAUUUGCAUCGAUACCCAAAGGUGUGUAUCCAAAGUUUCUCAACUAUCCCAUUGACUGGAUUGAGCAGCAGGAGGAACAAACUGAGGCGCUGGUAAAGCAGCACCAGGAGAUCGAUGUACGCAUACGGAAUCUUGAAUUGGAAGAGCUGCAAAUCAUCGACCGUUUGGAGAACGGUCUCAAACAGGAGGAGCACGCGCGCCGGCUCAAGGAAAUGGAGAAGCUCUAUCAGGAUACCAUACAGCGCGAGGAGGAGCGCAUUGCCUGCCAUCGCAAAAUGCUUCUCAUGUAUCAACUAGAGGUGCGACAGCGCAAGAGCGAGAUCAUCAGCAAGCUGAACGAGACUGAGCAUCGGCGAAUAGAAUUGGAAAUGGAGAAGGAGAUCGAUCAGUUGAUGCAUAGCGUUGAGCGCGAACGACGUCGCCAAAACCAGGAAAUGCUUUUUGCCGAGGAUGAGAUACGCAAUCAGGAGAUGGAGCUGUUGGCGCAGCGCUACUAUGCACAAAGUGCGGAAGCUCCCCUUGCCCAAAAGUACUACGACAACAUACAGAAAAUGUGUCGGGAGAGAGACAAACUACAGCAGCAUUUGCGCGAGAUGACCAUGGAGAAACUGCAGCGGCCAAUGCCGUCAACAAACCCCCUGCGUAAGGAGCCACAUCUGAUUGAAAUCGAGCGUUCCAUUCUGGAAAUACAACGCGAAUUUACGGAUCUCAUUGGUAGCGACAGCAGUAAGUAACAGGUGCAAUCUACUUUUACAAAUUUUACGAAUUGAAGGGCUUACAAUGUUGAUAAUAUUGUUUUCUGAUAAUAUCAGUUGAUUUAAAAGAGACAGUUUUAUACGCAUAGCCCAACUAGCAAUACGACUAACUGAAAAUAUCAAGUGUGCAUUAUUAAUAAUACUCAAAUAAUAAUAAUACUGAAAAUCCAAUAUCAUGGUGAACCUACUUUGAAAUAAAACAUAGCUAUGGGCUUUUUGCAUAAAG